CUAUUUGUUUAAAUUUCCCCAUCAUCACCCACCUACCCACCACCACCACUACUGCCGCAAACCCAACCACAAUCCAAAUAAAGCUGGGGGAUGCGUUAGAGAGAGAGAGUGAAGAGUUAGAGCGAGAGUGAAUCAGAAAACAUGGCAAUGGCGAUGGCGCUUCGCAGACUAUGCUCUUCCGUCAACAAGCCUCUUCGUCCUCUCGGCGGUUCCGUCUAUCACAUGACUUCUUUGCCGAGUGAAGCACUUGACGAGAAGGAGAAAUCUCGCAUUACUUGGACAAGCCAAUUGAAUGCUCCAUUGGAAGAGAUGGAUCCGGAAAUCGCCAACAUCAUUGAACUUGAAAAAGCCAGACAAUGGAAGGGACUAGAACUUAUACCUUCGGAGAAUUUCACAUCACUCUCAGUGAUGCAAGCGGUUGGGUCAGUCAUGACCAACAAAUACAGUGAGGGGUAUCCUGGUGCUAGAUACUAUGGAGGAAAUGAGUACAUCGACAUGGCAGAGUCCUUAUGUCAGAAGCGUGCGUUGGAAGCUUUUCAAUUGGAUCCUGAAAAAUGGGGAGUCAAUGUGCAGUCUCUAUCUGGAUCCCCUGCUAACUUUCAAGCUUACACUGCACUGUUGAAACCUCAUGAGAGAAUCAUGGCGCUUGAUCUUCCUCAUGGUGGACAUCUUUCACAUGGUUAUCAGACAGACACCAAGAAGAUAUCCGCUGUCUCAAUAUUUUUUGAGACAAUGCCAUACAGAUUGGAUGAGAGCACUGGUUACAUUGACUAUGAUCAGUUGGAGAAAAGUGCAACGCUCUUUAGGCCAAAACUUAUAGUUGCUGGUGCGAGUGCUUAUGCGCGCCUUUAUGAUUAUGCGCGUAUCCGCAAGGUUUGUGAUAAGCAGAAAGCUAUCUUGUUGGCAGACAUGGCACACAUAAGUGGGUUGGUUGCUGCUGGUGUGAUUCCAUCUCCAUUUGAAUAUGCAGAUAUAGUGACAACUACGACGCACAAGUCACUUCGUGGGCCACGUGGGGCAAUGAUCUUCUACAGGAAAGGUGUAAAAGAGAUCAACAAACAAGGGCAAGAAGUGUUGUAUGAUUAUGCAGACAAAAUCAAUCAAGCCGUCUUUCCUGGACUUCAAGGUGGUCCCCACAAUCACACUAUUGCUGGCUUAGCAGUUGCGCUGAAACAGGCCACUACUCCAGAGUACAAGGCCUAUCAAGAGCAAGUCCUUAGCAAUUGCUCAAAAUUUGCCCAGAGUUUGUUAGAGAGGGGCUAUGAACUUGUGUCUGGUGGAACUGAGAACCACUUGGUCUUGGUGAAUUUAAAAAACAAGGGUAUUGAUGGCUCUAGAGUUGAAAAGGUUUUGGAAUUAGUUCACAUUGCAGCAAAUAAGAACACUGUUCCUGGAGAUGUUUCCGCCAUGGUGCCUGGUGGCAUCCGUAUGGGAACCCCGGCUCUCACCUCCAGGGGAUUUAUUGAGGAGGAUUUUGUUAAAGUAGCCGAGUUUUUUGAUUCUGCUGUGAAGUUGGCUCUGAAGAUUAAGGCUGAUGCAAAAGGAACGAAGUUGAAGGACUUUGUGGCGACUAUGAAGUCAGAUACCCAAAUUCAAUCUGAGAUUGCAAAGCUCCGCCACGAGGUUGAGGAGUAUGCCAAACAGUUCCCUACAAUUGGCUUUGAGAAAGAAACAAUGAAGUACAAGGACUAAAGGAGACUCUUCGCUGUUUCUGGCUCAUCAUAUAGCAUUUGAGGUUGUUGACAUUUGUAGAGGCAAAGAGGAGUUGGGAGAUUCACGUACAUCUCUAUUAGUGAGAGGAACUCAUUGGCAUUCAUCUGUAGCUCGCCGAAGAAAAUUGGGGUAAUAUCUUCGUUGCAAAUUGGUGAAUGUGUAGUUUCGAAAAAUUGAUGAUCUGGAAUGUAUAAACUUUUACGAAGGUGGCAGACGACCACCAUUUCUUCAUUUGGUGAAUAUUUUUAGGGUUGUGUUGUAUCAUUAAACGUGUUAUAAAUCCAUCAAGCACGUGAGUGAUCUCUUUAAAUAAUGAUGAAGAGCUCGAAUUUGCCCUUGUA